UGCUCACCACUAUCAGUCCAUCGACCCUAGUAACAAACUUUAGGCAUCAGCGCCUCCCAAAAAUGGAAACCACAGCCACCGACGCCGCCACAACCACCACCGUCAACGGCGGUCUUCACUCCUUCAAAGUGAAACCUCUACAGCUUAUCCUCAACCGUGCAUUUGCACUUAUUUACCUUUUUGCCAUCCUAGCUCUUUUCUAUAACCACUCACUCAAACUCUUAAACUCCACUUCCUUUAUCUCUUUCUUCAUAUUAUUUUUAAUAUUAAUUUCCGAUAUAAUACUAGCUUUUAUGUGGUUAACAAUUCAAUCUUUUCGUAUGUGUCCACUAACACGUACUGAAUAUCCCGAAAAACUCAAAAAAUUUAGUGCCGGAAAAUUUCCGGCACUUGAUAUAUUUAUUUGUACGGCGGAUCCUUAUAAGGAGCCGCCGUUAAACGUCGUGAAUACGGCGUUAUCAGUUAUGGCGUAUGAUUAUCCGGUUGAGAAAGUUUCAGUUUAUGUUUCUGAUGAUGGAGGUUCUGAGCUUACGUUGUUUGCUUUUAUGGAAGCUGCAAAAUUUGCUGUAUUUUGGUUGCCAUUUUGUAGGGAAAAUAAAAUAAUUGAAAGGUGUCCAGAUGCAUAUUUUAGUGCUAAUUAUUCUGAAAAUUCUGAGACACAGAAAAUUAAGUUGAUGUACGAAAACAUGAAAACAAGGAUAGAAAAUGUGGUUGAGAGGGGAAAAGUGGAGGAAGAUUAUAUUAACAACGAGGAAGAACGUCAAGCUUUUAGCAAAUAUUGGAUUGCUGGAUUUACUCGCCAUAACCAUCCCUCUAUUAUUCAGGUAUUAUUAGAAAGUGGCAAAGACAGAGACAUAACAGGUCAUGGGAUGCCAAAUCUUAUUUAUCUUUCAAGAGAGAAAAGCAAAAACUCCCCUCAUUAUUUUAAAGCAGGUGCCCUCAAUGCUUUGCUUCGAGUAUCGGGAAUUAUGACCAAUGCACCAAUAAUUUUGACACUGGAUUGUGACAUGUACUCUAAUGAUCCAUCAACACCUAAACGGGCUUUAUGCUAUUUUUUGGACCAAACAUUACGGCCCAAUUUAGCCUACGUCCAGUUUCCUCAACGAUUUCAUGGGCUUAACGACACAGAUAUUUAUGGUAGUGAACUAAAAGGCCUAUUUCAUACUAAUCCAGUGGGCAUGGAUGGGCUACGUGGGCCCAAUUAUGUUGGAACUGGAUGCUUUUUCCGUCGUCGGGCUUUCUUUGGGAAUCCAUCUUUGUUCGAGAAACCCGAAAUUCCAGAAUUAUUCCCAGAUCAUGAUGUGAAGAAGCCCAUUCAGGCCCAAGAAAUUUUACAGCUAGCCCAUCAAGUAUCAAGUUGCAACUAUGAGAAUGAAAGUAAUUGGGGUUCCAAGAUGGGCUUUAGGUAUGGAUCACUAGUGGAGGAUUACUACACAGGUUAUAGACUUCAAUGUGAAGGUUGGAAAUCAGUGUUUUGCAAUCCUGAAAGGCCUGCAUUUUUAGGAGAUGUACCUAUUUCUCUCCAUGAUGUGGUCAGCCAAAACAAGAGGUGGUCUGUGGGCCUACUUGAAGUUGGUUUCUCAAAAUAUAGCCCAUUAACUUUCGGAGUUCGGUCCAUGGGCUUUGUUAUGGCCCAUUGUUAUGCUCACUAUGCAUUUUGGCCCAUUUGGUCAAUACCAAUUUCUCUAUAUGCCUUCAUUCCUCAACUUACUCUCCUCAAUGGGGUUCCCAUCUUUCCAAAGGUUUCAGAUCCAUGGUUUUUCUUGUACGUUUUUCUAUUUCUUGGAGCAUACGGACAAGAUUGCUUGGUUUUUAUGUCCGCUCAAGGGACAUGGAAAAGGUGGUGGAAUGACCAAAGAAUAUGGAUGAUAAGGGGAUUAACAUCUUUUCUAUUUGGAACUAUUGAGUAUGUAACUAAACACUUAGGCAUGGCUACACAAGGGUUCAGUUUGACAAGCAAAGUAGUAGAUGAUGACCAAGGUAAAAGGUACCAUCAAGGAAUUUUCGAGUUUGGGGUUGUUUCACCUAUGUUCGUUAUGUUAGCAACAGCAGCAAUAAUCAAUUUAGUAGCAUUCCUCAAAGCAUUAGCAGAUAUUUUCAAGGGUGAUCAAAGCUUGGAUGGUCUCUUUAUCCAAAUGUUUAUUGCUGGUUUUGUAGUAAUAAAUUGUUUGCCAAUUUAUGAAGCUAUGGUUUUGAGAGCUGAUAAAGGAAGAAUGCCUACAAAGGUCACUAUCAUCUCCACAUUUCUUGUUGGUAUUCUCUAUAUAGCAUUUGCUUUUCUUUUAAGAAGUGUAUAACAACAAAUAAGUUUUUUCUGCUUUUUUUCCCUUUGGACCUUUGAGCCGAGGAACUAUUGGAAACAACCUCUAUUUUCUAGGUAAGGAUAAAGUAUGCGUAUACACUACCUCCCAGACUCUACUUAUGAGAUUAUACUAUGUUUGUUGUUAUUGUUGUUGUUGUUUACUUUGGAUUUUUGAUGAUUGUAUUCACUAGCUUAGCAAUAGAGUAUCUACAAAUAAUUAGUGUU